AUUGUGUAUUGUACAGGACGACCCCUGGAAGCUCUAUGGCACACUGCUGUGGUGGUUUACGAUCGUGAAUAUUAUUUUGGUUCUGCUGGAAUAGAAUCUGUCCCACCAGGCACCACCAUGCUAGGUCAACCUUUAAAGAUUGAAGAUCUCGGGGAAACUCAGAUUCCAUUCGAGGUGUUUAAUGAAUACCUUCUCACCCAUUCAAAAGACAGGUUUAAGGGUGAGAGGUAUGACCUAUUUCACCACAACUGUAACAAUUUCUCUCACGAGACUGCACAAUUUCUGACGGGGAAAGGGAUUCCCCAAUAUAUUCUAGAUUUACCCUAUGAAGUUUUAUCUACCCCAAUGGGGCAGAUGUUGGCUCCAAUGAUACAACAAAUGACUCCCAGAGGCAACUCAAUACCAUUCACCAUGGGAGACGCAAUCGAAAGGAAUGGCCUUCCGCAGAGCUCAAGUACCCGAUCCUUUACUCAAACUAAUGGAACAUCGUCCCUGCAUACCGAGGUUACAACCAAAGUGUUCCCGGUGAAAACCCCGGUCCUAUUAGACAACCCACUCAACGUCGAGGGCAUCAUGAAGAAGAUGAAGGAGUUCAAUGCACAGGAAGAGAACAAACUAACUGAGAUCGAGAUGAACAUUUUCUCUGGACUUGCUAAAGGUUUAGUGAGAAUCUCUAAGGAGAGCUACCCUGUUCUUGUCAAGGUUCUAUCCUGGAAUCCUGAACAUAGGUUUCCUGCUCUAGAUCUACUUAGGCAGAAGUGCCUGAGGUUGAAUGAAUGUGAGGUUGAGGUAGAAAGUGUGCUGGAUAUACUCCUGGAGAAUCUAAAGGUCGGAGAUACCAACGCCAUGCUUGCAACAGCUGCGCUUGCUAAUAUCAUCUCCAUAUCGGAACAUACGAGCAAGGUUGAGGUUGAGAGUGUGAUUGAGAGAUUAGUUUCUCUCCUCCCCUCCUCGCACAAGAAGCUGGAGCUCUAUAUCGUCACCUUCCUCCACAACCUUGUCUUGCACCAUACAAAUAACAGGUCUAGGGAUGAAGAUGAUAAAAGUUUAGAAAUAAAAAUUCUUCUUCUCUCUUCAGUUCUUACACGUGUAACACCAACCAUUGUUCAGGUUGAGACGGAGGAGAGGAUUCUAAUCACAUUAGGGAACCUACUUAGCUCCGGGGACCAGGAGAUACGGGAUCUAGCGCAUAGUAUGGAUAUUCGAGAGUUUAUUAUCAAGGUUGAGCCAAGAAGUGACAAGAAAAUUAUCAAAGAACUCAAAGAACUUCUCAAGUACGAUGUUGACGGAAUUGACUUGGAGUAAAGAUUAGAAAAUUAACAUAGAUCAGACAGCUUUUCUAGAGUAUGAUCCCAAUAUUCUGGAAAUUAUAUGACUGCGUCAUAAUUUAUAUGAUUGGUAUUUGUUGUAUAAGUAACAAAGCUUUUGAGAAAAUUAAAGAAUUCCUGGAAUGAUUUUA